AAAAAAUUAAAAUGCAUUUCAUACAGAAGUGAAAUAAAAAAAAUGGACCUGAAUAAAUGUUUAAAAAAACAAACCAAAAAAAAUUAUUCAACUUAAAAGUUAAAUACAAUUGAACUGUACAUAGCCAGGCAUUCUUUUACAUACCACUAGAGGGAGCCUGCUUACCACAUUUAGAGAAAACGCUGACAUUGGCUGUGGCUGAAUACACACUGCACUGCAUGCUAAAUGCUAAUUCCAGCUUUUAAAUUGCAGCCAGUGUGAACAGACCGCAGUGUAGCCCUCGUGUUGACGUUCACAAAUGACUCCUCGAAUGAGGCAAAAGAAUCAAACGAAAUAAUAAAUUGUGUGUGUAAAACUAAGUCCAUGUGGAGGUGAAGCAUGUCAGCUUUAAGGGCACCAAAUGAUGUGAGGCAAUCGUUGUUGUUGUUUUGUUUUGUUUUUUGCCAUUAAAGCUGCACAAUUUGCUCUUAUUGUGCGUUAUUAGCUUGACAGAUCUGCUGCCCCUGCUUUGUUUGCUCAAGCUCAAAUAAGCCAUCUGGGAGACGGCUCACAUUUCUUUUUGUGUACACAUUUCAUAAAUGCCGUAGAAGCUCCCUCUUCUGUGUGUGCGUGUGGUUCUGAAGUUAGACUGCUCAACAGGGAGACUUAAAAGAGACAAUGCAUUUUUUUUCAUAUUUCAAAGAGUUCCCAGGUGUCUUAAUAAUUUGUCUGUGGCAUACUUUCAUCAAAGUAGCCCAUGGGUCUACAAUUAUAGACACAUUCUUACAGCAUGUUUCUUGCAAUAGUGAAAUUGGCUUGUUUUAGGGGCAGAUCUGUCUUGUGCAGUGAGCAAGCCCUCAUGCCGUCCCACAUACUGCUGGGCCGACGGCGAGCCAGGCUUUCAUUUGACUGAAAAACCAGUGGGCUGGAUUUCAAGUGGGGAAAACAAACGAGUGCCCAAGACAACAAACAAGGAUCCCCAGACUUAUUAUAUUACUACUAUUGAGUGGAAGUCCGCUAUUUGAUUUUUAUUUAUUUAAUUUUAAUAUGGACAAACGGUUUCUGGCUGAUGGUUUAGUGGUACACUCGCCUGACUUUGGUGCGCGGAGAAAAAAGAAGCAACCUCUUAACCUGGACUUGAAAACAUGCACACCUGGGGUUGACGUCACUUCUGUUGGCAACUUCUUCCAUUUGUGUGCAGCAAAGUAGCUAAAUGCUGCUUCACCAUGUUUGCUUCGGAGCUCUGUGCUCCACUAUUUGACCUGAGUCUGUCGAUCUCAGAGCCCUACUGGGUUUAUAUGCCAUUAGCAUUUCAUUCAUGUAUUCAGGACCUAAACCGUUUAGUGAUUUAUAGACAAGUAGCAGAACUUUAAAAUCUAUUCUAAAGCUGACUGGGAGCCAGUGUAAAGGCUUUAGAAUUGGAGUAAUAUGCUCUGUUAUUGCAGUAACAAUAUAUCGACAGACAAUACAACAAAAUAUAUCCUCCUGCAGAAAAGCGACUCCUAUUACUGCAGCAUACUAAGCAGUUGUGACCGCAGAAUGAUGUAAUCGUGAUGCACAAACUGUUUAAUUUGUUACAUUAUAGUUAAUGAUGUUAUUACUGUAUGUUUUAUAAAGUACAAUCCUAUAGAGUGCUAUUUUUCUUUUUUUAAAGACAUUACAAACAUUUGAGUUUUUUUGGCAGGCAGGCUGCAAGGGAUGAAUGGCAUUUCCAUUCAUCUCAAUGGGGAAAGAUGAUCUGAGAUGCAAGCAUGGAACAAAUGAAACCUGUAAGUCAAGGCACCACUGUAUACUGUGGAAACCCAUAGAAAAUAUGGCCGCUGUCAGACGUGCGUGUGUGUGUGCGUGUGCCUGUGCGUGCGUGUAGUUUCGACGAAGCAACAGCUGCGCAACUUUAGCCGCCGUGAAAGGAUUUUCAAGCCAUCACACGCGAAAUGACGUGAAAUUAAUGAUGAGCAGAUGUUCUCAUCAGUAGGUUUGCCGAUCACUGGUGCAAGACCUUCACUCACGGACUCCAUUCAAGGUCAUCACUCUAUUUAUUGGCCACAUUAUGGCCCCCAAAAUUUCCCACCUGCUCCUCCCAUGCAUUCAUUUACCUUCAGGGCCACCGCUCGCAACUUCCUAUAUGUCCUUGUUUGUGAUGAAGUGGACUUUUCCAAGUGAGUUGCUCACUUAUUGGCAUGUUUCCAUUGUCAGAAUCACAAGAUGCAAUGAGUUGAGGUGGAGAUUGUCAGGAACCUUUUACAAAUACAGGAAUCCUCAAUCUUUUGUGGGGCUUACAUUCUCAAAGACACAAACGUGAAUGAAUAUACGCCAAACUUGAUCAUUCGUCACUUCUGAAUCCUACUGUGGCACAUCCUCUAUUUAUACCAUACAUAAACAUAUUCUGUUCGAGUGUGAAGUGCCUAAGCUUGUCAUAUUCCCAACAUGUUGACAUUUCUCACCCUCAUAAUCGACGUGACAAGCUGAGAAACACUGCCUAACCUUUAUCUUCUACUCAAAAGCUGUGCUGAUCAAAAAGCCAAAGCAAUGCCAUGCCGCCAUCUACAGGAAUCUGUUAGUCAUUACAGUGCUUUACAAGCUCGAUAUUCACAGACAAGCUGGGCGAGACACUCUUCCACUCCUACCUGUUUAAAAACAUAUUUGAUGUCUAUGUUCGUCGAUGGCAGUGAGGUGUUUGGAUUCCAGUUAAUGAAUAUAAACGUCCAAACUGCACUCAAAUCGGAUACUUAUCCGAUUUCUAUCCACAUACGAAAGAGGCCUUCGUCGGAUAUGAAAAAAAAAAUGGGAAUUGUAGCGUACGUCACAUUGGGCAAAAAACAUCGGAAUUGAACUACAGUGUGAACAUACUGUAAGUCUUCGAGUCUAUGAUUCAAAUCCUGCUGAUUGACUUGCAGUGAGGCGAGGUUGAGACGGACAGACGUGAGAAGUUGAGCGGUGUAGCCUGAAGCCACACAAGAAAAAGAAUAAUCAGAGCAAGUGCAGAUAAACAUCCGCUCCCCGAGGGAAACCGGCAGACAAAGACGGAUCGGCCUUAUCGUACUAAACGGCAAACACAUGUGACAGCUUGAUUUAAGAAGUCCUGAGAUAAUUAACACCUCGGCCGCCGCGGUAGGCUGACAGUAAAGGACGAAUCCCCCUCCGAAUCGUGACAAUUCGCAGUGACGCCGGCCGGCCGGCCGGCUGCCACACGGCAACAAAAGCACACAAAGACCUUGUUUUACCGCAUUGUUUUCAUUUCAAGGCUGUUUGUUUCAAUGUCUGCACAUUGUUAUGCCACACUAGGUAGUACCGAUUGUCUCUGUCCAAUUAUAACUUCUGCUUAAUAGCUAAAUGUUUAAUAAAAAAAACUAAAAAAAAAAACUCAAAAAACAAGGUUAUAACAGACAGUUUUAGCAUCACAAAUGCAAAUCUAUUUUCAGAGCCAUUCUGUAUACAGAAGUACCUUGACUGACAAAUUUAAUUUGUUCCAAGCUUUUACACAAACAAAGUGUUUUUUAGGACUGUAUUGUGUAAAACAUAAUAUAAGAAAUUGUAAAGAUAUAAUCGCUAAAAAAAUAAAUAAAUAAAAUACAAAUAAAAAGUAGGGCUUGGUUUUGUUAAGAACCUCACAAUUCAAUUUGAUUUUGAUUCUUUAGGUUACGAUUCAAUUGAACUUAAAUUCUUUAGGUUAUGAUUUGAUAUUCAUUUAAAUGGCUUGAUAUUCUGCGCUUGGCUGGCAACCAGUUCAGGGUGGACCCCGCCUCUCGCCCGAAGAUAGCUGGGAUAGGCUCCAUCUUAUAGGAUAAGCCGUACCGAAAAUGGAUGGAUGGAUGGUUUGAUGUUGAUUCAGUAAGACGUAGAAAUAGCCAUGUAUGUACAUUGGUGUCUUGAGAUACAAGUCUAAUUUGUUCUGUGAAAAAUACAUAUUUCAAAUCAUGUUUCCCCACUGAAAUGGAUGGAGAUGGAAUUAAUCCAUUCCAGCCCCCUUGAAAAUACCCCAAAAAGUGUUUUUUAACGUUUUUGUCAUAAAAAAAAAAAAAAUGCACCCAACAGUAUUGAACUCUCAGCAAGUCUGUGGUACAAAUUAGGGCUGGGUGAACAUUUAAAGGUUAUGUUCAAAUGUAUUGAGGGUUGUGUUUAAAGGGACAAUUUCUCCAAGUACUGAAUAUUGUCAUUGUUUGCUUUUAUUCAUUUAUUUGUUUAAUCCAUCCAUCCAUUUUCCGACCCACUGAUCGUCACUUAGGUCGCAGGCUUUCUGGCGCCUAGCUCAGCUGACUAUUGAGAGGAAGAAGAAGGAAAAACAUAAAUCGGGAAUCCGAUUUUGGCGGAAAAAAAACAUUUGAAAAGUUUGUUUUAAGGCAUGAAUGAACCGUUCUUCACUCGUUUCUUUUGGGAAGUUCCUUCAUCACAGGCAGAUGAGCCGAGAAGAUAAAGCGGAGCAGAAAGAAAAGAAGAGAAGCAAACAGAUUUUAGCUGAGCUCAGGCUUCUGGUCGUCGUGAUGAAUUGGCGGCAUAUUACGGCAUAGUGGCGUGGCGAUAUAAUCUCCCCCCCUUUACAUAAAUCGCUGGCCCGCGUCCUUGUUUUAAAUUUAUUACACGCUACAAAAACUUUUAGUGCUGCCUCGGACACUCACUGAUGUUUAUUCAGGGGACGGCCAUCAUUUACACGUUUGCACAUUGUUUGCUUGAUGUGCCGCUAAUUGGAUUCCGGGUGGCGCGGGCCUCUUCGGAGGUCCAGGUAAGCGCCAAUGGAUUGCUUAUUCCAUUUGUGGCUUCUACACGCUGACCCUCCAGCAGACACAUUACUUGUGUGAUUCCACUUCAUCUUCAAUGGAGCUCAGUCACUGCAGAACCCAUCUCCUCGCAAUAACCUCUCGCUGUUGCCGGUCCGCCGUAAUAACGGGCUCUUGGAGGACCAUUGACACCCGAGGAAACUGCAUUAGCAUUGAUGUUACGGUAGUUCUAAACCUGCCAAAAACUGUUACAUUAACACCCAGAGCAGCAACGCAUACAAACAGAUCAUACACCAGUACUCAUAGGCAUGGACUGUAAUCUCUCUGUAACAAAAAAAACACUGUAAUGAGCUAAUAACCUGAGGUUGAGUAUAGACAAGCCAGGUGAGGUAACACCAUCUCAGGGAGCUGGCUGCAUCAGGACUGGACCGUAGACCGCAGCCACAGGCGACCAUGGGUGGAGCGAGAGCCUGCGCCUAUGGCGACUGGGGACCCCGAGACGCAGGACCAUGACCACGGCCCUCAUCGUGCAAAUGUAAAACAUGUCACCGUGCCGAGCUCACGGACGCCAACCGCGUUCGUCUUCCGUGCUCAGGCGGAUCGGCCCGAGGCCAGAAGGGAGGCCGUGCGGGCGCCGGACGCCACGGGAGGCUCCUUCAAGGACAUCUCCAGGUGGCGGUGGCAUAUUGGAAUUAACGUACCGCUUUUUCAUAACGUCGAGAUGGUGGCGUACAUUUAUAGGAUGGCAUGCUUGGCCACCAGCAGCCUCUCCGUUUGUCUUCUCUGUGUCCAUUCUGGAGGUGCAGGAACGAGAGGAGCGCCAGGCACGUCGCCAAGGGAGGAGCGAGGAGGAGGAGGAGGAGGCGCCACCUGAAUGAUGACGUGGAAGAGAGUGAGAGAAAGAGGGAGAGAUAGAGAGAAGGAGGGAGGGGUCUCCUAUCUCCACUUCUCAUUCAGUUUGAACAGCAGAGCAGUCGAGCCUCUGGAGCCCGAGCCCGAGCCCUAGUGCGUGUGCGGGUCAGAGGAUGCGGUGGCGUGCGCACGGAGGUUCCGGCGCGGCGCGCGUGCUCGGACCCGCGCUCAGGACGCUCACGAGAAUCUCCCGGAAGUGAGGCCACGCCAGGGGGGUUCGGGGGGCAGCAUGAAGCCCCUCCUGCCGUUCCUGCCACUCCUGCUCCUGCUCGGCCCGGAUGUGCGCUGCGCCCCCGCCAACAAGAGGCUCCCCAAAAGCGGCGCGGGCCCCCCGGGACCUCGGACCUCCGCCAAGCCCAAAUGGGCGAGCGGUAGCACGGCGGUACCGGCGUCGGGCGCGGUCACGCAGCUGCGCGCCCCCGCCCUCCAACACGACACAUGCCUGGGCUACUACGACGUGAGCGGCCAGUUCGACAAAGAGUUCGGCUGCAACAACACGGACCACCGCUUCUGUUGCGGCAGCUGUUUCCUGCGCUUCUGCUGCGCCGACCGCGCCAAGCGUCUGGAGCAGACCGUCUGCACUAACUACAACACGCCCGACUGGGUCAAGACGCAGCCUCCCUCGCCCGCGCCCACCGGGGACUCCUACGACCCCGAGUUGGACCGCACCAACACCACCGUGUACAUCAGCUGCGGCGUGGUUGCGCUCGUGGUCGCCGUGGGGAUCUCCGCCAAGGUGGCGUACGACAAGGCCACCAAGACCCCCCAGGAGAUGAACGUGCACAGAGCGCUGGCGGACAUCUUGAGGCAGCAGGGCCCCGUUCCCAUUUCCCAGUACGAGCAAGACAACAUGGACGCCAUGAUGAAUGGGUCGCCCAAAGACGAGACGCCAGUCCGGAGCUCCAAGAACAACUACACGCCCGUGCACGCCAACCAUGGGCAUUACGGGAUGGAGACAAUUCGCAGCGGAGGUGCCGACAUGCUGAUCUCGUCAGGCUUUGUGACGCUCGGAAGAGGACACCUCAAAGCGCAGCACCCCAUCGACGAGUCUGCACAGAUUUCCUGGCAGAACGAGCGGGACCUCCCCGUCUCAUACGGAAAUCAUCACCAUCACCAUGACUACCAGCACAGCCACGUGGAUCUCACUGCUCUCACGCCGAAGCUGGCAAACAGACACGGGCGACACGAGCGAGCAGCACGGCCCAACAACAUCCUGACGGCGGCCACCGAACCAUACGACCUGUCGCUGUCCAGAUCCUUCCAGAACCUCAGCCACAUGCCGUCCGCCUACGAGCUCGCCCUCUCGUCUGACUUGAGUGACAAGGAAGUGGACGACUUCUACUCCAGGAAGCAUCACCAAGCGGACUUAGGUGGCCGAGGCCACACCCGCAUGGCCGUGCUAAACGACCCCCCGCCAUUGCACCACCAUCAACAUCAUCAACAGCAACAUCAGCAACGUCAGCGCCCUCGCCGCGUCCAGCGCACUAUGUCCCAGGACCACGUCCUGUCCCCGCCGCGGACGCCUCGCCGCGGGGACUGCGGCCUCUCCUCGUACGGCAAUGCGGCUGCGACUGCCUACGGGAGCAAUCGCCACCCGUCGGAAGAACUGCUACUGUCGGCGGAGCGCCUGCGCUCCCAGGAUCCUUUGCUGUCUCCCGCCAUUCGCCGCGACAAAUUCCGCCAGAAGGCCAUGGCCCGUGCCAUGUCCCACGCCGACAUGCUGAUCCCCACCACGCCCGUCCACGAACGCCACCGCAUGGGCAAAAUGCUGUCUGAGCCUAGCGACGCCUACAACACGUUCGGCGUCAACACGCUCAGCGUCAACACGCUCGGCGUCAACACACACGCCAGCGCCGCCAAAAGGCAGGCCUUUGCCUCGCGCCGGACGCACACGGUGGACCACCUGCAGUUUGCCGCGGGACAUCAUCACGGGACAAACGAGGUCACCGUUUGACUGCAACGGACAAGACCACUUCCUGUUCCUGCUCCUCCACUUCCUGUCGCCCAGCGGCGAACAGCAUCACAAGGGCUUCACCGUGGCGACCAAUCCUCCAUAUUGUAAUAUUCACACAAUUGCGCAUAGAGGACAUCACUUUAGCGUUCACACGUCCAUGCAAAUGCUAGCGAUGAUGUCAUAAUUUACUAAAAUGAUAUAUUCUUAACGACGUUAUUCCUAACGUUCUCGUCGCCACACUAAUUGUUGUGAUGAUGUCAUCAUUAGGUAAAUUGGUUAACAACAAAUAUGCAAGUAGUGCAGAGUGGCGUGACUACUACAGUGAGUGCACGAAUGAUGUUCAAUGGGCCCGACAGAGAUGUGACAACAAUCUCAAGACAAAAUUGGCAGCAUGUUACAAUGGAAUUGGAAGCUAACUGUUUAAGAAGUUAUUGGCUAGAGGGAAGAAGCUGUUGGAAUGUCUGCUAGUUUUAGUUUGCAUUGUUCGAUAGCACCUACCUGAGGAAAAGAGCUGGAAGAGCUGGUGACCAGGAUGCGCAGGGUCCAAGAGGAUUUUGCAUGCUCUUGUCUGGCAGCGAGCAAGUUCUCAAGGCACCAAACCAGACUGUGAUGGAUGAACACAGGACGGAUUCGAUGACCGCUGUGUAGAACUGCCUCAACAGCUCCUGGGGCAGGCCGCGCUUCCUCAGAAGCCGCAGGAAGAGCAUCCUCUGCUGGGCCUUUUUGAGGAUGGAGUUGAUGUUGGUCUCGCUCUUCAGGUCCUGAGAGACUGUAAUUCCUAGGAACUUGAAGGUCUCGAUGGUUGACACAGGGCAGUGAGGGGCAGCUGUAGCAUUCAUGUGGCCACACAAAGUCAACGUCACAUUAGCAUUCACACGUCCGCGCAAAUGUUGACCAUGACAUCUUGUUAGCUGAAAUGCUAAAUGCUAAAAUAACACCAUCUUUGCAGCAUUAUUCUUAGCAUUCCUGCAGCCGCACAAUGCUAGCAAUGACAUCAAUGUCAUUGUUAGAUGAAAUGCUAAAAGGACACCAUCUUUGCAACAUUGUUAUCCUUCCCUCAGCCACUCAAAGACGAAAUCCUGUUAGCAUUUAUGCGGCCAACCAGAGGCUAGUGAUGACAUCAUCAUUAACAGUAGAAUUACAUUUUUGUUAGCGUUCACACUAAAAUGAUGUCACGCCAAUGUAAUGACAUCAAUAUUAGACAUCGCAGCAAACGACACUGCACGACAACAUUUACUUCAGUGCUAACGAUGACGCCGUCGUGUGACCGCACGAGCGCUGAGUAAUGACGUCAUCUUCGCUGAGCCACGUUGCCAUUCACGCGGCCGCGCUAAUAUGACAUCAUUGCUAACGUUUGCUGCUAACCAUGACAACAUCGUUAGCAGUCACGGGGGCUGCGCGAAGACGUCUUCGCUAUCAUCAUUAGCAUUCACGCGGCUCUGCUUAAAUAUUGUAAAUAAGCUUCUGUAAAUGCUCUCGCACUCUAAUUUUCUUUCUCAAAUGUUGACUUUUAAAUCUAGAUAAGACUCACGUUAUGUCCCAUAUUAAUCGUUUAUUAGCACCUUUAGCUUAGCGCCGUUAACGUCCGCUACGUUUGGGGUCGCUCCGCAUCCGAGUGUUUGCAGAAAAAAAUCAGAAAGACGACAGCCCAUCGAGCUCCUUCGCACAUGUCCAUUGUUUCCUGCCUCCUUUCCCUCCCGCAUUCGAUUGGAUGGAAGCUUUUCUGGCAGCAAUUACACAUGUAAAAGAAAACAAAAAGUUGUUUUUGUACUAAUUGUGUGUGUGUGUGUGUGUGGGUGGGUGUGGGUGUAGGUGUGUGCGCGCAAGUGGCAUCUCUUUAGGCCCGUCGGCCCUUCCUCUUUUGUCCAACCAAUCAGCAGCCAAAAGUCCUCCUGUUGCUGUUUACUUGAUCUAAGUUGUCUAACAAACUUCAAUAAAUUCUACUUACUACGUUU